UUAAAAACAAGCAUAAAUCAAAACUAAUUUUAAUAAACACAGGCAAAGUUCUCUUUAUAUGACACAAGACUUUUUAAAUCUGCUUUUUAACACCGUUCAACUUCAGCUUGUCUUCUGUGAAUGGAAAUGUCAGGAUUAAGAAUUUCUUUACUUCUGGUAAAGUGUGCUGUUAUUAUGUUUUGGUGUUGCGCUGUCAUUGUUUAUCCCAGGUUUGGCAUGUAGAGUGCUAUAAGUUAAUAUUUACCUUCAGUGAGCUAUUUUUGUGCUGUUCUAGCUUUAAUUUGGUUUUGAGUGCAAUGUGCUGUUGACAUUGUGCUUUAUAGUUUUAGCACAUGGUUCACAUAAUUAUGAAUAUUCAGGGCGUGAAUGUGUAAUUUUGGUAUACAUACAGCUAUUAUGGGCUUUAACUUAGUAACAGACUGUUAUUUAUUUAGUUUUGCUUGUCGUACAAAGUGUUCUGUUCUCUUAUUUCCUCCCACUUUAAUAAAGGCAACUCUGUGUCCGUUGAGUCACUGCUGAAGGCGCUGUGCCAGAACCAUUAACUUGCAACUUUUUUUUUCCAAGAUCACAUUUGCUGACUGUGUCUCCUGCUUUCGAUCAAGUAAAACACACACCAGCAAAUCUGUACAAGGGUCAGUAGGUUAAGGUUCAGUGCAAUACGACCAUCUAGUCUAAAUUUUUCUCCAGCAAGAAUGAAAUAUUAUGCCUUGAUUUACUCUGUGAUGCAACGUUAGUCCCUUUUAAACACCGUUCUUCCUGGAUCACUUACCCUUACUGCAGGGAUAGGUGGAAUUAGCAACUUAAAAUCAUAGAUCAUCAGGUAACAAUACAACAAGGAGUGCAAGUGCACCUGAGACGCGCUGUGCUUUAAUGAUUAAUGUGGCGAAAGUUUGGCCUGGCAGUGCGAGUGGAAAUAGAUAUUUGGCUGCGUUCAGAACGAAUGACUAUAGUGACUGAGUGCAGGCCUUCCGGAAAAAGUGGCAUAUUGAAUUUUGUUAUUGUUGCAGUUUAUAGUUUAACUUCAUGAUUAAAGCAAAAACAUAUUCAGCACAUUUGAAGGGUCAAAAAUGUCUAAUUUAAGUUAGUUUGCUCGCUCUGAUUUUGUGCAUUCUGACCAAUUUCGAUUUCAAACUAGUCUCAAGCUUAAAUGAAAAUGAAACCAUUUAGCAAAAUCACAUUCAUUAGUCCAAAGUUUGUUUUAAUGGGUUGUUUUAAUGAGUUGCUUUGUGUUGUGUUUGCAUGCAACUUUCUCACUUUUUUCUCACUUUCACACACUGGAGGCUAUACAGGACUGUGUCUCAAAUCAAUUGGUGGUGCCGUAUGUAGACGAGUACCAUCUAGGGGGAAAAAAAUGAAAAAGUGGAAGAAUCGCUAACCCAGACACCUGAGACAAGCAGACUUCAUGUCUGGGCUAUUUGUUUUAUUAUUCCUAGCUGCCAGACAGACAAGGAGUUUCAACAACCACAAACAGACAAAAUAACCUAGUCUUUAUUGACGUUUGCCAAGCAUUCGGUGUGUAUAUUUAAAUUUGAUGAGCUUCACAGUGGGGUCUUGAUGCUGUAAUUAUAGCACAAGCUACUCUUUCCAAAUCCCACCGCAUGCUGCACUACACACAUCGGUUGACACACAGUCUGGCUAACUGUAGAAGUUUUUACUGGGCGCUUUAACAGACAAUCUUCGGGAACACACAGUUAUGUGGAAACACUUGUCAUAUAACUCUUCUGCUAGCCCAACACGCAAAAUACGUCACCUCACAUCGAGAGAAAAAGACGCUAAUCAGACUUGAAUUAUAUUUUUACAUGUGAUAUGAGAAGACAACACCACGUCUCAUAGCCGAAAUGUUCGCCACAGCGCCUUGUUGGUUUCCCUUAACCUGUAUUAAAUCACUUAACUAGCUAACUAGCUUGCUAUAUGUUAUUACAUUACUUUAGCUACCACUUUUUAGCCUCAUCAGUUGUUUCUGGGCGACCAAAACAUGGGACUGGGGAGCACACUGAAGCUUUCCGUUGCCCAGGCCGAUGGUACGUCCACCCGUGUAGGGUAUAAAAGAGAGCAGAAUUCAUUGUGACCAUUCUGUGGAAAUAAAAACCUUAUUGAGUCACAUGUAAACAAAUUGCAACUAUUACACAUUUCUGGAUUUACACUAAAUUUACAAAGGCUGUAGAUUAUCUUGGAAAAAUACAACAAGGAGUUUAAGUGCAUCCUGAGAAGUACUACUUUUUUUGGAUUUAUUUGUGAUAGUUUCUAUGUUUCCUAUUUUUAUAGGAAAUAAGAAUAUUUUCUAUUUUGUCCCAAUGCUGUUCAAAAUAUUGCACAAUUUUUAAACAGUGGUCUUUAUCCAUCCUAAGAAUUUCUUUAUCCAAGGGGCUUGUGCAUAUGUAAAAAUUGCAACAUUUUACAAUUUUAAAGAUUAAGUACAAAAUUUUAUCCUCAAAUUAGUUGCUUCUUGUAAGUUUAUAAUUUUUUUUCCAGAAAAGAUAUUCAUGCUAUGACAUAGUAUCAAUAUUGCGAUAAAUUAUCAUAUCGCCCAGCCCUACAUAUUAUCGUACAGUUCUUGAAUCUUGAAUCUUUACAUUUUUGCUGCUAAUUGAACUAGAAAAAAUCUUUAAAUCAGUUUGUUUACUGUACAGAUGUAGUCAUGCACCGAGAGGUGGAUUUGAGACACACUCCUGUUCUUUCAGAAGGACGCAAUUCUACUGACGUCAGAGAGGUCAUAUGACUCAAGUAAACUCCACAGUCACACUGAGAGAGUGGCACGAAGCCCUACUUAUAGUCACCUGUCCUAAAUAGAAGCUCGGUCUCGGUUUCACUCUCACACGCUAAGUAAACAUGCAGUGUGUUCCCAAGAGAGAUCUGUGGAGCUUUACUUCCAUGUGUGUUUGACUUGACCUUAUGCAGGUAUUCUAGCAAGCAGUCAAUGAAGAUAGAUUGAAAUCUACCGCCUUUUCUAAGCCAUUCAGUCCUGGAGUGAUCAGCUGUGUUUUACCUUGAAGAGGGUGGUGGCACAGACUAAAUAACUUCUGGAACUUUUCCGACUUGAAACCCGGCUAGGCCUGGUUUUAUUACUGUAGUGAGAAAAUCCUUAAGAGGCAGUGAGCUUUUAACAAGCCUUUUUUACAAGCCUUUAGAAAUAUGGUUUGUUAGCAGGUUCUGACCUGACAAUCUUUGUUUUAAAUGCCGUUUUAGAAAGUCUGUGUUGAUGUAGUCCCAGUCCAGCAGGAGCUUAAAUGUGCCCCAUGUUUGCACACUAAGCUGACUUCCAUUCACCUGCAAUUGCCAUUCCUGUUACUCCAGCUGUCAGAGUUUCUGCUGCUGCUGUCGUCACUGUGUUUGCAACACCUCAAGUCACAAAUUCAGGUUCCUUCCUUCUGAGGUCAUUUACAGUUUCUUUUCUUGGUUAAUGGGACUCAUGUAACAGCAUGGUGUUUAUAUUUAGCAGGAGGAUGUAAGCAGGUCACAGCCUUUCUAAUAAAGGCGUGUCUUGUUUCCAGAAACUCCAAAAUGGAUUAUAAAUUGCAUUUUGACAUGGAAGUGAUUCACAGACUGAAGUUUGUGCCUGAUAGUGUGUACAGCACGCCGUAAAGAGGACAUUUCAGCCUAAAGAGAGAAAGCCAGUGCAAUACGAAAGGAAUAGUGUUUUCCUAAUGUUGCUUGCACCUUCCCCAAUAGAAAGAUAACUUGGCCACGACUUUGUAAACCCUGAUCCUUGGUUGCUCUGCACGUGUCUAGCACUGGCGAGUGAGGAUGAAGGCGCUGGGCCGCGGGCGCCGCUGAGCAUGUACGCGGCGUCAGGGAUGACGGAGUGCAAGGCCGAGGUGACGCCGUCGACACGCAAUGGCCACCGCGUGUUCAGCUACACGCUCGAGAGCCACACGGCCGCUGCCUUUGCCAUCAUGAAUGAGCUGCGGCUUGAGCGGCAACUCUGUGACGUCACGCUGCGAGUAAAAUACAAUGAUCUGGAGGCUGUGGAUUUUGUGGCACAUAAGGUGGUGCUGGCAUCUUCCUCACCCGUCUUCCGCGCCAUGUUCACCAAUGGCCUGAAGGAGUGCGGCAUGGAGGUGGUGCCCAUCGAGGGAAUCCACCCACGGGUAAUGGGCCGUCUGAUAGAAUUUGCCUACACGGCAAGUAUCUCAGUCGGAGAGAAGUGCGUCAUCCACGUGAUGAAUGGAGCUGUGAUGUAUCAGAUCGACAGCGUGGUGAAGGCCUGCUGUGAUUUCCUGGUGCAGCAGCUGGACCCGAGCAACGCCAUCGGCAUCGCUAACUUCGCUGAGCAGAUCGGCUGCACCGAGCUGCACCAGAAAGCCCGCGAGUACAUCUACAUGAACUUCAGCCAGGUGGCGACGCAAGAGGAGUUCUUCAAUCUCUCUCCAUGCCAGCUGGUAACGCUGAUCAGCCGUGAUGAGCUGAACGUACGCUGCGAGUCUGAGGUAUACCAUGCAUGUGUGGCGUGGGUGCAGUACGAGCGUGACGAGAGGAGGCCGUACGUGCAGGCACUGCUACAGGCCGUGAGGUGCCACUCGCUUCCGCCACACUUCCUGCAGCGCCAGCUUGAGCACUUUGAGUGGGAUGCACAGAGCAAGGACUAUCUGGCACAGAUCUUUCAGGACCUGACGCUGCACAAGCCCACCAAGGCAGCGGCAUGCCGCACACCCAAGGUACCGCAGCUCAUCUACACAGCGGGCGGCUAUUUCCGUCAGUCGCUUUGCUACCUCGAGGCGUUUAACCCGGGCACUGGUGCCUGGCUGCGACUGGCGGAUCUGCAGGUGCCCCGCAGUGGCCUGGCAGCGUGUGUGAUCAGCGGGCUCUUCUACGCUGUUGGAGGGAGGAACAACGCACCUGAUGGCAACAUGGACUCCAACACGCUGGACUGCUACAACCCUAUGAACAACUGCUGGCUCCCGUGCGCUCCAAUGAGUGUACCCCGGAACCGAAUUGGCGUUGGGGUCAUUGAUGGUAUGAUCUACGCCGUCGGGGGCUCACAUGGAUGCAUCCAUCAUAACAGCGUGGAGAGGUACGACCCAGAAAGAGACUCGUGGCAACUGGUGGCCCCUAUGCUGACCCGGCGAAUAGGGGUGGGCGUGGCUGUCAUUAACCGCCUCCUCUAUGCGGUGGGUGGGUUUGAUGGAACGCAUCGGCUGAGCUCAGUGGAGUGUUACAACCCUGAGAAAGACGAAUGGAGGAGCACCGCACCCAUGAACACUGUCCGCAGUGGAGCAGGUGUGUGUGCGUUGAAUAACCACAUCUAUGUAAUGGGCGGCUAUGACGGCACCAAUCAGCUGAACACGGUGGAGCGCUACGAUGUGGAAACAGACAGCUGGACCUUCAUCUCAUCAAUGAGACACCGGCGCAGCGCGCUGGGAGUCACCACCCACCAGGGACGCAUCUACGCACUCGGAGGAUAUGAUGGGAACACCUUUUUGGACAGUGUGGAGUGCUACGACCCUGAAACAGACACAUGGACCGAGGUCACGAGGAUGACCUCUGGGCGGAGCGGGGUCGGUGUUGCGGUUACCAUGGAGCCGUGCCAAAAAGAUUGUCAGAAAGAUUGUCAAAAAGAUUGUCAGAAGGAUUGUCAGAAAGACUGUCAGAAAUUCUAGUGCCUCCUAUCGUCUACUGCUUUUUCCUUCCAUAUUUCUGUUCCUUCCUUCUUCAGCCAGGAUCAUCAGUGAUUACAAUUCUGGUGCUUCAAGAACAGUCUUCUAUAAACGAGAGCAAACGGGUCUCUGGACAUCUACAGGGUUCACACAAAGCCGUGAGAUCAGAGAGACGGAAAUAGACCAGAAGAUGCUUCCAGGAAGGACUGGUUCAUAUUUUUUGUUGCUGGUUUUAUAGCCAGACUACAGGCAUCGGGAUCAUUAAUGUGAGUCAGCCUGUGUCUCCUGUUUGUAUUACUGACCAGCCUUGUCCGUCUAAACCAAACGUGAGCACUGACUAAAAGCCGAACAUUUCUCCUGAAGUAGAAGUUGCAGAUCAGCACCCUGGACCACGGAUGUCAACAUUUUAAAGUGCCAUUAUUGUAUCUCACAACACAUGUCAGUAUCCGAGUCUGUGCUGCUGUACUGGGCUUAUAGAACCAUCACACCGUGCACAAGGACCCAGACAGGCAGCGAACAACUGUGGGCUGGUUUAGAGAAAAGUCAAAUUUACACAAUCUUCCUCUUACUCUAUAUCUAUUUGAUCAACCAAAACAUGUUUUGUGUCUGACAUUUGCUUCUUUAGUUUUGCACCAGGCUACAAGUUUAAUGUAGCUAAGAAGUAAGAGAAGUCUGUCUCACAUAAAUAUGAUUUUGUAAAAACCAUUCUUCAGGAAUAUACCCAGACUGUAAUCUCGAGAUGUGCACUGGGACCAAGAUCAUGUGGACCCAACAAAAAAAGAACGGGAGUGGGAUGUUUUUUCUCUUGUGUUUUUACUAAAUGUCCUACAUUAGAUGCACAAAAUAUAUAGCUAUAAAUUUGGUCUUAUCUGUACUGAUCAGUAUACUACAGUUAAAACGAUGUUUAAUGAUCAGUUUAAAUGACUUGUUUGUUUAAAUUUUGUGAAACAGGAUCGAGAGCAGGCAAAAGCAAAAAUGUUAGGAGUGGGUGGGAGUGGCAUUUAAAAAAAACAGCACUGUGACUACCUCCACCUGGAGGUUAUGUGUAUGACAAUAUAAUUCUACUUUGAAGUAAAAUAUGUAAAUGUGGUCUAUCCUACUAUUUCCAAACUUCUUUGUUUCAAACUGACAUCACAUAGCUUACAGCUUACAAAUGUCAUUUGAAGCAGAUUUUUUUCAAAAACAGCUAUGUUGUGUGACAGACUUCCAUUAUUUGUUAGUUUCGUAACUCCAGUGCAAAACAUGAUUCAGAUAUUAAACAUGUUUCAGCUGAUUGAGUACAUUUGGGAAAUUUUUUUUAAAACCCAUGUUCUGGUUUCACUCAUCAGGUACUUAUCAAGACAAACCGAUUCAGGCAUAUUGAAGCAGGGGUAACACUUCAUUCAACUCAUUAGGUAAUUAUCCACAUCUAUUAUAGGACUCAGAUUGAACUCCGAUUCGUUGUGUAUUAGUCAGUUGCUCAUUUCAUGAUCUUAUUCACUCAGGGUGUGUUCUUCAGGUGUGUGCUUACAAACACUGUUGUAAUACACCGCCUUUGUGUUUAACUAGUGAGUUGAAUCAGCUUACACAAGGUGACUGUUAAUGCUGGGAACCACGGUUGCCUAACCCUGGUUAUUGAAUAACUUGAUACAGUUUAGUGUUUUUUCUGCUGAAGUCACUUACUUGUUAAUUCGUAAACUCUUCAUGAGUGUGUGUUUGUCCAGAUGGCCUGUGUUUGUCUAGAUGGCAACUCAUUUAAAAGUGUUUCAGGGUCCAGUCUGGACCUGAGAAAAGCAGUAUCUAAAAUCAAAGAGCACAAAUGAAGGAAAGAUAGACUGAUGUCCAAGAUGAAGGUUUUGGAAAGUAAUGGAAAAGAAUGUGGGUCCUGUCAUCUUCAAUGCUGGAUGCUGCAUUACCUGGGAAAUAAAGUGGGUUCCUUACUGUCCACAGUCAGAACAGAUGUUUUUCGUGAGCAGGCAAAAAAAAAAAAAAAAAAUCCCGAUUAAUGUAUUUGUAACAGUAUUUUAAGCUACAUUUUUCCAAGAUUUUAGAAACUUCUUGGAGUUUUGUACAGGGUCUGGAUUUCGCUUUUAUUUAUUUUGGAUUAACUGUUUUUUCCCCUUCGUGCUUGACCCUUAAGUUCUACUUUCAAAUAAAUGGACUGAUCUCCUUUUGUAUUCGUUGCAAACUGAGCAUGUGCCGUAUUUGAGACGUGACGGCAACUUCUCUUUUUCUAAGUCUGGCUGUUUUAAAAAAGGAAGUAGUUUUUGCUUUAACAGUUUAUAACUAACAUUGAGAGAUAAUUUAAAGACUGCUUUGUACAUUUUACAGCAAUCAGUGUAUUGUACAACACAUUGUGUAUUAAAGAUACCUGUUUAUUGUA